AUGGCGCCGGUACCAAUCACAGACGAUUACUACAUGGUCAUUGAAAUUGCGCAAACUGCUACGCGCGAGGAAGUUGUACAAUCUUAUAGACGACUAGCGAAGAAGAUUCACCCAGAUCGAAAUACCAGCCACGAUGCCACUGCAGCUUUUCAACUGCUUGGAAAAGCCUACGAGACAUUGGAGGAUGAGAGCAAACGCCGAGCCUACGACCUCAUCUACCCCUCUAUACCGCGAAGUCACUCCUUCCCUCAAGCAACACAAACGCCUCGUACCCAGCAAUCUGAAACACUUGAAGAAGCUUCGAAGAUUGCUGCACUUCAAAAAUCUAAGCAAGAACGCGCAAAACGAUGGCAGAUCACGAAGGGUUUUUUUGACUCCUCAAGCUCCGUACUGCAUGUGGAAAUUCGACGAUUGGAGCAACAAAUCAAAAACCUGGAAGUUAUUAUGGCUGCUGAGGUAGCAAAGAAGGCACAGGAGAAUAGUUGGGGAACAUGGUUGUUGUCACCAAUAUACAAAAAGGCAGAAGACACCGAGGAGGAGAAAGAACGCAAGGAUAGGGAGAGGCAAGAGAUAAGAAUUGAGAAAGAUAUGAAGGAGAGGCGAUUGGAUAUGAAGAGAGAUGAUUUGAAGAAGAAGGAAAUUCUAUUAAAAAGGGGGCAGGAGGAGGUGGACGCUGCGGAUUUGGUUGAUGAUAGGAAAUUGCAAGACAUCCGAAAUAAGAUAUGGCUCAGAGAGAAUAAGGAGAGAGAAGAGAAAGAAAGAUUAGAAAGGGAGAAAAGAGCUAGAGAGAGGCAAGAGAUGGAAAGAUUAGAAAGGGAGAAAAGAGCUAGAGAGAGGCAAGAGAUUGAGAGAGUGGAAAGAGAGCUUUUAGCGAAGAUUCGAAAACAAGAACAGCAACAGCAGGAAAAGUGGAGAAAAGAAGAAGCAGAGGCGUUAAGAAAACAAGAGGAAGAGGGCAGAAAGAGGCAGAAAAUCUUCCACGAUGAAAACAGAAGAUACCGUGAAAAAAUUCCGCAUCUCAAUCGCCCCGAGAACUUCUCUGUACCCGGCACUAGCCAGUCUUCCACAUCACUAUGUCGCCACUACGGGUGGUGGCAAAAGGUACAAGGUCGUAAAGCAUGUCCAAAGUGCUCUGAGGUUUGGACUUAUCUACUGCAGUGUCCGAGCUGUAAGAUGGAGGCGUGUCCCAAAUGUCAAGCUGCGACGCGGGGGGGAGCACCACAUAGUACUGCGAAAUAUAAUCGAAGAGCCCCUCCGAGGGUGAGGACUCCGAGCCCGGUUUCUUGGGACGACUACUAG